UCGCUCUCUCUCCCUCCACUUCACACUCAACACUCGCAUCUGCUCUCCUAACUGACUCUUAUCGUCGCCUCUUUGUGCACGUUUUGUGGCCUUUCUUAUCGCAACAAUUUACUAGUCAAAGUGACUCUUUACCUCCUUCGUCUUGUCCAUCGUGUCCCAAUAUUUAAAUUAGGUAACAUCAGCCCAAGAAUGGUUCGUCAAUCAAAAGUGACGGACUCUUUCGCCGUCAAAAAAUCAUCCGGUCUUAAGAUGACAGUGAAGCGGAAAAUUCUCGUGGACGUCGACGAGGACCACGACACGGAAAACAAUAAGUCCACCACUGCCUCAUCAUUACCAUCUGCUGCUCCUUUGUCCGUAGAAUAUGUGGAUAACUUCCAGGCAUCCAAGAAUGCACUUCACAUGGGCCGACCGUCAAAUUUACUAGCGAGAGAGGAGGAAAUCGAAGAAAUUUAUGGCUGGCUAGAUGACCGCUUAAGUAGCAAAAGUCCGGGUUCCAUGUACAUUUCUGGGGCACCUGGCACUGGGAAAACGGUCUCUGUUAUUCACUCCAUUAACGAAUGGGUCAAGAAUAAUCCAAACAAAGGCAAAACGGGUUCAUCUUUGAAGACAAGCCCGAUUUGGCAACUGGUUAUCAAUUGUAUGAACGUGUCCACUCCAAGCCAAGUGAUGGAAGAGAUGAAGACCGGACUGGGCAUGACAAAGAAACUCGAAGCGUCCAAAGAAAACAUUGCCAACAAGUUGCUCACCGGACGGAAAAUGAUGGUGCUAGUCUUGGAUGAAAUGGACCAACUUCUGCACGGGAAGGGGACGGAGCUCCUGUACACAUUGUUUGAAUGGGCAAGACAACCAGAGUCAAAACUUGUCCUCAUUGGAAUUGCUAAUGCAUUGGAUCUCACCGUUCGACAUUUGCCACUCUUGAAUUCUCCAGCCGUCCAGAGAAGUCCAAGUACAAGUUCAACGACAGCUUCCUCUAGCAGACGCAGUGGUAACAUUAGCAAGAAAACCAAAAAGCAAUCUAUUGGCAAGCUGAACGAUUCAUCAGCAGACCUUGGAUCCUUCCUCCCCAGUAAUAUUUCGGCAAUGAAAGUAAUCAAUUUUCCUCCCUAUGAGAGACAAGACAUUGAACGUAUUUUGGAAGCUCGACUUUUAGAGGUUGGAAGUAGUAUUUUUGAGCCAGCAGCGAUCAAGUUUGUGGCCGCCAAGGUAGCAGCAACCACCGGUGAUAUGAGGAAAGCUUUGCAUGCAUGUAAAUUGGCUUUGGAUGCGGUUGAGAAGCAACAGAGGAUGGCAUUAAAUUCAACGGCGGAUGAUGGUUUUAAUUUUUCGAGUCCUAAAAAGUUUUGCAUCAUCCGGGAAAAGAUAAAUGUAGGGAUGAUUGCCAAGGUGUUUGCUCCUCCAAAAGAUGACGGUCCCCUCCCCCUCCAGCAAAUGAUCAUGCUUGCCACGUUGCUGCUAAUCAACAAGAAGGCUCCUGGAUCUCGAAACCCUAAAGCCGAUGGACUGUCCGCCCCAAUUCCAAUGACGCUGGCGUACGACGAGUACCGAAGUAUUUGUGCUAAAAAGGGAUUCUCGUGGAUUGACAGGAGUGAGAUUGUAUCCGUGUGCAGCAUGCUUCAAGACAGGUCCCUCGUCACUGUCAUUGAAAACAUGAGUGGAGCUGGAUCAAAGAACAAAAAGUUUGCGACUUUAAAUUCUGCAAACAAGACCGGAUUUUUAUUUAAUUACAAUGCCGUGGAGAAAAUUGUGAUGCAGUGUGAUAUGAAGUCAAUUGUGGCAGACAUGUAAUAUUAAUUAAUAACAUUGCUAUGAUAUGAUCAAUGACGGUCAUUCAUGUUUUAACCCAAAUUAAUGUGGUACCCCAUCUCACUGUUUUUUUAAAUGUGGGUAACAACUAAUAUGUUAGACUGGCACUAAUUGUUUCUUUGUGAGUCUCUUUUACCAAUUAUAGGUUACAUUUCCACAUAUGUGUUCAGAAUAUUCAGAUAUUUAUUUACCGUGUUACAAUAUCAUACCCACUGGUGUUAUAUAGUAUUAUGAAUUACGAUAUGUGUCACGCAAAGAUCUGCUUCUUUGUUAAGUUAUUUUAUGUAAAGAAUUUAUAAUUUCGAGCUAAUAAGCAAUGUUUACCUGCUUCGUUCAAACAGUAAAAUUAUUUUGAUUAAUAUUCUUCAUUAUUAUUUGGUCUUUAAGAUUCUGUUAAUAAAGUUGUGCUAUUAUUG